GUCCGUGAAUGCCGGAGAGUAAUUAGAACGCGUCAACUCGAGAAAUACGGCGAACAAUAAUCUACAGUGAUGAUGGGGACAACGCAGUGGUUUCCGUUAGUUGGAGUACUAGUGCUUUCCAGUUUGAUGGUUGCCAGUGGGAAUGACAAUUCUAAAAUCGUUGGAGGAACGACUAGCUCAGAUGCGGUCCCAUAUCAAAUAUCGCUACAGAUCAUGGCCAGAUCUUAUUACGGCUUAGGACCGUUGGAGUGGAUGCACAACUGCGGAGGAUCCAUCGUUUCGCCCCUGUACGUAGUGUCUGCCGCUCAUUGCCUGGACGGUAUCGACCCUGCUAGACUUUCGGUGGUUUCUGGAACGAACGAUCUGCGAGAUAAUGGAAGUAAGGGGACGCGACGCAAGGUUUCGUGGUUCAAGAUCCACCCGGAUUACAUCGAGUUGAAUCGGAGCGAUAUUGGGAUCAUCAAGGUGGCGGAACCGUUCACAUUCAACGCCAAAGAGCAACCCAUCACAUAUUCCGAUAAGCAGGUUGGCGGUGGAGUAGAUUGUGUGUUAACUGGCUGGGGCUACACGAUGCCGGUUCGGAUCGGUAAAACACCCCAGGACCUACAGGAGGCACAGCUGAGGACGAUCACCAAUGACGAAUGUCGGAGUCGAGGAUUUCCCGUGAACCCAACGGAGAUUUGUACGUUUACCAGGGUAGGGCAAGGCGCUUGUGGGGGUGACUCCGGUGGUCCGCUGGUUUGCAAUGAUGAGUUGGUUGGUGUGGUGUCCUACGGAACACGGUUCUGUGGCAUUGGAUCCCCGGAUGUGUUUACACGGGUAUCUGAGUUCAAAUCGUGGAUUGAUGAGAAUCAGAAGAAUUAGUUAGGUUAUUUUGAAGACUUGAUCUAUGUUCCUGUUUGUUACUUAUGCAUAUUUUUUUCUAUAAUUAAUAUAAAACUAUGAUAACACAAACCA